AAGGGGAAGGCGAUCAUGUCGGAGAAGAGCUGCACGAUCAGGACAAGGAAGUUCAUCACCAACAGGCUCCUCGAGCGCAAGCAGUUCGUCAUCGACGUCCUGCAUCCUAACCGCGCCUCCGUCUCCAAGGAGGAGCUUAAGGAGAAGCUUGCUAAGAUCUAUAACGUACAAGAUCCGAAAUGCAUCUUCUUGUGGGGAUUCAAGAUUGCCUUUGGUGGACAGAAAUCAACUGGCUUCGGUGUGAUCUACGAUAACUUGAACGCCGCCAAGAAGUCGCUGUCUAAGCACCUUCUUCUUCGUGAGGGAAUUAUUCAGAAGCAGGCCGGAAAACUUGCUCGCAAGGCUGGCAAGGAAAGAAAGAACAAGGUUAAGAAGGUUCGCGGCAAGGAGAAGGCCGAAGUUCGCACUGGAAAGGCCGUCGCCAAGAAGAAGAAGGAGUAAAGAUUUUUUAUUGUUAGGCUCUGGUCGUGCUUCAAUCCAGGUUUUAAUGAAAACAACCAAAACC